AUGCUGGUUGAGCAGGCAUUUAGCGAAGAACUAGAGGAAGGAUCUGAAGAGCUAGAGGACGAACCAGAUGAGCUCGAGGAUGGGCUCGAAGAGCUGGAGGAUGAACCAGAUGAGCUCGAGGAUGAGCUCGAAGAGCUGGAGGAUGAACCAGAUGAGCUAGAAGACGGGUCCGAAGAGCUGGAGGAUGAACCCGACGAGCUAGAAGACGGGUCCGACGAGCUCGAGGAUGAGCCCGAAGAGCUGGAGGAUGAGCUAGAAGACGGGUCCGACGAGCUGGAGGAUAAACUGGAAGAACAAGACUUUGAAUCAAAACCACUGGUCGAAGACGGGCCAGAGCUUGAGCUACUGGUGGUAAUUGAGCUUGACGAGUCCUUUGUGCUGAAAGAAUCGCUCGAGUCAGAUCGACUACUUCCUGAAGAGGAUGACUUUGAAGUUGAGCUCGGAUCAAAUUUCGAGUUGCUAGAAAAUAUGCUGGUAGAAGGAGUAUCGAAUCCAUUUGAAGAUGAUGACGAUCCUUGGCUGGUCAUAUCACCGGAUGAGAUCUCGGUUCCCUUGAGGUUUGCAUUAUACUCGGUAUUCGAAAACGCAUAUGAAUCUGAAGGGGCAAAGGGAAGCGAAGGAACACUUGUGCCUAACUCAUUGGAUAAAGGAGCUUCUGUACCAUAUAAAUUUGAGGGAUCAGACCUGCAUGUUUCAGGAAAGUUGAUUGGACUUGAAUUGGAUGAAGACAAAGGGAACGGAGAUGAAAACAGUCCAUUUGAAAGAUCUGUGGGACUAUCAUCCCCCCUUUGGCCCUGUUCCGAUGAUCUUCGUACUGAUGGGUUGAAGGUAAAUCUUCCCGAUGGUUUUACCGACGAAAAGUGA